AUGAGCAACAAUUCUCUUCAAGUCUCCUUUCUUGAAGUGUGCGGCCUCUAUGCGUUCAAUCAUUCCAUCACGGAUGACAUCUCCACAGCAAAAGUGGUGACUGUACGAGAUCUCAAAAACUAUCUCGACAUCAAGUAUCCAGAACUCUACAGGACAAUUGUACAGAUUUACUGCCCACUUGAACAAUUCCUAAAGGAGACAGGACGUGAUAUUGCCAGAGCUGGACUCGUACCAACUUGGAGCAAAUACAACUAUGAGCUGAUGACUCAGGCUCAGUAUUAUGCUGAUAAACGCCACGAGCACGACUAUUUCUCUGAGCUCACAAAAAAUGGACCUGAUGAUACCGCACUGUUUGUCCUAUUUUACAAAGAAGACAGAAUACGCUAUGAAGCUGAGCGAGCAGAAGUAAAAAAGAAGAACAAAAACGCUGGUCGGCCUAGAUACGAUCCACUGACGGACGAGAUUUGGGAAUUUUGUUACAAGUCUGAACCAACAGAUCAAUUCUUUAUGAACACAAAGUCUCUGGUGAGGAGACUGCAGAAUAUGCUGGACACUGUAUGGCCUGGAAUGAACUACAGAGUGGCAAUCUUUGGAUCUGCUGCGAAUUUGUUGUGUCUUAAAGAUGCUGAUGUGGAUCUCUGUAUUGUCGUGCCUGAAGCUAGAUUUGAAAGCGAUUUAAGGAGAUACAAGCAGAAGCUGUCAAAACAACCAAAAUCAGUGUACAACAUGUACUUUUUGGCAAAUCGACUCAAAUCCAUAGGCAUGAAAAACGUAGAAGCCAUAGGCAAUGCUUCAGUGCCGAUCUGUAAGUUUGUCGAUCCACAAACAGGCUUCAGCUGUGAUGUCAACACGCAUAACAUACUCGGCAUUGAGAACACCCGCAUGGUUGGACAGUACACUUCCCUUGAUAUUAGAAUUCGCCCUUUUUUGACAGCCAUCAAACAGUUUGUCAAACAAAAAGACCUCAAUAGCCCGCUUGGCGGUACACUCAGUAGCUAUGCAUAUGUGCUCAUGGCAUUACACUUUCUGAUGGCUGGCCUGGAAACACCUGUUAUACCCAGCUUGCAAAAACUGGUGAAAUGCCACUCAAGAAACUGCAAAUCAAAGACAGGCAGACAAGUGUUGCUGUAUCACGAUCACCAACUCAUUCGAUGUGAUGCCCGUUAUCAUGAUUGCGUACAUGUCAAAAACAGCGCAACAUCAGAGUAUCUCCUGGAGCCGCAUACAGGCAAAAACGACACCAUUACUUAUUGGGAAUCAAGGAACAAGGACACCGUGUCUCAAUUACUCCACAAGUUUUUCGUCUACUACUCAGAUACCAGCCAUCGAGUUGUAUCCAUCAUCACUAGCGACGGCAAGUUAUACAACCAGGAUGCCCACCGCUGGCACGGCCAACCCAUCAUUGUACAGGAUCCAUUCAUUCUCGCUAAAAAUGUCGCCAGAUCGUGCACAACCAUUGGAGCCACAGCCAUAUUCCAAGAGUUCAGUCGAGCUGCCAUACUGACUUCAGGCACAGAAUAUAUACCUUAUACUGUUGUGUGCGAUAAGAAGCAAAACUUGCCCCGUCCGUUGGAUACAGAGUGCAUGCAAUACCGCUUCCAUAAGCCAAAGCAGACAACCACAUUGACCGAAAUUAGAGCAAAAGUCGUUAAACAACAACAGCAUCCAAAAGAGGACCAAGUUGUCGGUUAUUUGCGAGAUAUCCAGGAUAAUGAACAGCUGGAGCAUCUGCUGUCCCCUCUCUUGGUGGAGGACAAUGCCGCUGCGAAGAAAAACGAAAAGAUGCCAGGCAAACCUACUGCUACUGAGAAAGACGUGUCAGCUGCAGUGGCAGCGGCAGCGGUAGCAGCACACGAGGCGAAAGCAAAGCAAGCGGCAGUAAAGAAAGCGGAUAAUCCCUCUGAUCAACAGAAAACCGCUGUUACAGCUACUAAAGCUACUGCUGCUAGCAGCAGCACGAAGGCUGAAUCGAUUGUUGUCAGAGCAACAACCACUGCAAUUGCAACAGAUGUAUCCGCCACAACCACAGGCGCAACCACAACAACGACUGCAAAAGCAUCACCAGCCGUUACCAAGGCUACAUCUACCAACACAAUGCCAGCACCAGCAAAAGCCACCAACACCACAUCUUCAUCAAAUGGGACAAAAAAGGAAUCUAUCCCAUCACAGCACUCAGUAUCUCAAAAUAACUCUCAAUCAGCACCCAUUUUGAAAUUAGUUCAAAAGCUCAUAUCAUACCAAUCGACUCCCACUAGCCCCGGUAUGCCAGAUAUUGGCACAUUUGAAAAUUUAACCUCAAAACCAUGUACAGACAUGCAAAAGCUAUUGGAUGAUCCUUGUAUGUCUGGUGUAGAUAUGAAAGAUAUAUGUUAUUUGAUCGCACAGUUGAACUUUUUAGGCGAUGCUAUUGCUGAAAGGGUACUGAACCCAAUGGUAGUUAACGUUGAAAUGAAAUCAAAGAUACAAGAAUUCAUCGAGCAAGAGCACAUGGCAUUGAUUGGACAACAAUUGAGAGAAUUGGCCUAUGAUGAAGUGAUUGCGGCUACAGCUGAGGAUGAUUCGGAUGAUGAUAUUUUUGGCGAUUGUGAUUCUGAAGAAAAAGGAGAGGGUGAUGACUCUGAAGAAGAAGAAGAAGAAGACUCUGUAAAAGACGAGGCUACAGAGAGAGAGAAAGAGCAAGACAACAAGCAAAAUGAUCAAGUUGUCCCAGAACAGCAACAAGAAGAAACAGACGACGAUAAUGAUGAUGAUUACGAAGACAUUGAUUCAGACGAAGAAGAGGCAGCACCGGAUACUAUGGUUGAUUUGCAUGCUGUAUGGAGUGAACAGCCAAAAUCAAGAGUACAGCGACAGGCCAGUGUAGAGUACAAGGACAAUGACAUGGUUGAUGUCUAUUUCUACGUCAAAGACGUACCGCAUGGCAUUGAUAGCUACGAAAUCUACCUCCAGUUUGAUUGGUACGGCAGAGUGAUUGAAAUCAAACCUGCUGAAACAACCAACACGAGCAUUACUUGGCACGUUCGAAUGAAGAUGUUAUACAAGACCUACAAGCGACCGCUUCCCGUUGCCAUUGAACUGGGCAAUUCGCAAGAUGAGGUCUAUUCAGUAACCACACCACAGUUAGCACUACAUUGA